UGUAAACUUCUUCAUCUUCGUUUAAAAACCAGCAAUAUAUUACUUACGAAUACACUUCCACUAAGAUACAGAUAUGUCUCCUAUUUGUUGCGUUGUUCCAGAAUAUAUACUACGUGCAGUUGUUGAGAAGGGGGAGGCACCGGAGCACAUCAUCAGUGCUUGUCAGUCUACCAUCGACAACACAAGACGGCUUCAGGACGCACGUAUCCAACAUGGGCAGAGCAUCGUAUCAGCUCAGCAGCAACAGACCGCUCAAGCUGCGGGGGCUGUACGUCAUUUGAAACGUACAAUCUACAAUGCACAGAAUUCCUGGGACUCUGAUGAUCUUCCUCGAGACAAGGUCAUGAUCAAAGAAGGCGGUGUUCUCAUCAGCAAGGAGGAGGAUUCCAGCCAGGACGCGAAUGAAUGUUAUGUCGGGUUCAAGAAGACUUAUGACUUCUACUUUGAAUUCUUCAAGCGCGAUUCAGUUAACGGCAGGGGUUUGAAGCUCGAUGGCUUCGUGCACUAUGGCCAGAGAUACGCAAACGCCUUCUGGGAUGGCAGAGAGAUGAUCUUCGGUGAUGGAGACGGACAUAUUUUCAACGGCUUCACGGAUGAGCUUGACGUUAUUGCCCACGAACUGACCCACGGUGUGGUGCAGUACACAAGCCCACUUGAGUACAAGUUCCAAAGCGGCGCCUUGAACGAGUCAAUUGCUGAUGUGUUCGGCAUCAUGGUGAAACAAUGGGGUACAGAUCCAGAACAUCCUCAGACUGUCGACCAAGCCAGCUGGCUUAUCGGCGAGGGAAUUUGGGCCAAGAACAUCAAAGGCAAAGCUCUCCGAGAUAUGAAGAACCCUGGAACGGCUUACGACGAUGCAACAGUCGGGAAAGACCCUCAGCCAGCACAUUGGAAUGAUUUCAAGAAGCUUGAACUCUCUGAUUGACCGUGGUGGUGUUCACGUCAAUUCCGGCAUCCCCAAUCGUGCCUUUUACCUUGCUGCUAGUAUGAUUGGGGGGUACGCCUGGGAAGGUGCUGGUCCUAUCUGGUACAAAGCACUGACGAGUGGUGAACUCAGUGAGGACGCGACCUUCAAGGAAUUUGCCGAUAUUACUAUCAAAAAUGCUGGUAAGCAUGUGGAAAAGAUCCAGCAGGCUUGGACGCUGGUUGGCUAUCCGUUUCCUUAGAAUCGCGCAGAGUUGUAAAUUACAAUCUUUUUGAGCGG